CUUGCAGUGCGAAGAGAUCCAAAUACAAAGUGACAAGCGCAUCAAGCUAUGCGGCAUCAAAGUCGAGAGGGAGUCUGCCGCAACCUCGAAAACGAUGCGCUGAGCUGGUUAUAGGAAAUGCCGGCAACUCUUUAGCACGUUUACCCGUCUUUCAGAGGCUUCUCUUAGGCAUGCCGUUCGCUCAAGCACCUCGACAGCGCGUGUCUGUCGUGGCGGCAGCACCGCGCUCCUACUGGCGAUCAUCAUCACGGACGCCGACAGAGCGUGGAAUAUUGACCGAUUACACGCACGUCCUAUCGUAUACUGUCAAUCGCUACCCUGAUGUACCGAUAGUGCUUUACGGGCAUUCGCUUGGUGGCGCGAUCGCAGUUUGUCUCACUGCCCAGCUGAAGGCUUCCGACUACCCCACCGUUAAGGGGCUCAUUCUGGAAAAUCCGUUUGCUUCCAUUCCAGGCAUGGUGCGGGCCUUAUAUCCUCAGCGAUGGCUUCCCUACCGUUACCUCGCACCUCUCACGUUCGACAAAUGGGAUGCUGUUGCCGCAAUGCGGUCCGUGGACGUUAGGCAUGAUAGCUUGCUCGCACGACUAUCAACGAACAUGCUUGUUCUUCUCAGUGAGAAGGAUGAGAUCGUGCCGACGUCUAUGGGAGACGACAUCCGUUGCGACGGAGGGUCGUAAUCCGCGAUGCCCUGCAUCAAGAUGCUUGGACGACACGGCAAUGGGUCGCAGAGGUUACCAGCUAUUUGGAGCAAAUCAGUCAGCCGACAGACAAAGUAUGUG